AUGUGCAGGAUGCGCAGCGGAGACCGAGAGCGGCUGGUGCGCCGAGUGUGUGGAUACGAGUAUCUUGCCGAUCGACGAGCAAGGUGCGAAGUGGGAGCGGUGAGCGUGUCCUGCGGCUCGAACAGUGUCUGCGAUGCUGAGUCGAUUCGAGCUAGAACAGGCGACUCAGCCUCCGCACAGUCCACCUCGCCCGCCCAACCCGAUGCUUCGGACCCUUGA